AUGGAUUUUGAAGAGAGAAAAUUGACUAUUGACGACUUUAGUCUACUCAAGGUCGUUGGCAAGGGCUCUUAUGGCACGGUUAUGUUGGCAAGGAAGGAUGAUACAGACGAAGUCCUUGCUAUAAAGAUGCUUGAGAAAUCCGACCUUAAGAAGAGGAGGCAAGAGGUGCAUAUUAUGUCAGAGAGGACCAUUUUAGAGACUAUUGAUCACCCUUUCAUUGUUAGUCUCAGAUAUGCUUUCCAGAAUUCGGAGAAAUUGUAUUUUUGAUUAGAAUUUUGUCCAGGAGGGGAGCUCUUCUAUCAUCUUCAAAGAGUCGAAAGCUUUAAUGAAGAGGUGGCAAGGUUCUACUCUGCACAGAUGAUACUAGCUCUCGAGCACUUACAUAAACACAAUGUGAUUUACCGUGACUUAAAACCUGAAAACGUCCUGAUCAAUACUGAUGGCUACAUUAAGCUUACGGAUUUCGGGCUUGCUAAGGAAAAUAUAGUAACAGACAAGGAUGCUCAAUCCUUCUGUGGAACUCCUGAAUACUUGGCUCCUGAAAUUCUCUUAAGAAAAGGGCAUGGGAAGCCUGUUGAUUGGUGGAGCCUCGGCUCCAUAAUCUAUGAAAUGAUUGUAGGACUUCCUCCUUUCUAUCAGAAUGACGACAAGGAUAAAUUGUUCAAGGAUAUUAAGUAUGGAGAGCCUGAAUACCCAGAGGAAAUGAGCCCUGCUUGUAAGGAUCUCCUACAAGGUUUAUUUAAAAAGGACCCUGGAGAAAGACUAGGAGGAUCGAAGAGCAAUGCUGAUGAAAUUAAGAGUCAUCCUUGGUAUUCCCAAGUUGACUGGGAGAUCAUUAAAGAGAAGAAGAUCAUUCCUCCUUUCAAACCGGACUUAGAUUCCGAUGAUGAUACCAAAUAUAUCGACAGUGAGUUUACAGAUAUGCUUCCCAUUGAUUCUGCUGCAGAUGGUGCCGUUCUCGACUCGGGAUCAUUAACAUGGAAAGACUUCUCCUUCGAUUCCAAUAAGAUGAUGACUGACUAA